CUCUUUCCUCUGUCUUCCUCGUGCCGUGCUGCUCCCCAGUCCCCAUGCUCUGCCCUACCAAAGCAGCUCCGAGCCCAUCCACAAGUGUCUCCGAUCUCUAAAAUCUCAAUGCGCCUCUAAAUUCUCACCUACCCGACCGCCGCUGCGCCCUACAAGUUCCGCCAAUUUCGCCGGACCGUGCCACCGACGCCCCUCUCUCUCUCUCUCUCACACACACACCCCAGCCAUCUCCCGCGCGCCGCCGCCGCCGCGGUUCCCGUUCUAACUUCUCAGACAUGGAUGCUUCGUCCGUGGCGCUGUUCAACCAGCUCAAGGCUGCUCAACCAUUCUUCUUGCUAGCUGGGCCCAAUGUUAUUGAAUCAGAGGAGCAUGUCAUGAAGAUGGCCAAACACAUCAAAGCCAUCACAACCAAAGUCGGGGUGCCUCUUGUCUUCAAAUCCAGCUUUGACAAAGCAAACCGUACAUCAUCAAAAUCCUUUCGGGGUCCUGGAUUAGAAGAAGGCCUGAAGAUCCUUGAAAAGGUGAAGGCAGCAUAUGACCUUCCAGUGGUCACUGACGUGCAUGAAAGCUACCAGUGUGAAGCUGUUGGAAGAGUUGCUGACAUUAUACAGAUUCCAGCAUUCCUCUGUCGUCAGACUGACCUUCUAGUGGCAGCUGCCAAGACUGGAAAAAUUAUCAAUAUCAAGAAAGGACAAUUCUGUGCUCCUUCCGUUAUGGCCAACUCCGCAGAGAAAAUUAGACUUGCUGGAAAUCAAAAUGUGAUGGUCUGUGAGCGUGGAACCAUGUUUGGCUACAAUGAUCUAAUUGUGGACCCAAGGAAUUUUGAGUGGUUGAGGGAAGCAAAUUGCCCGGUUGUAGCUGAUGUAACACAUGCUCUACAACAACCAGCUGGGAAAAAGCUUGAUGGUGGUGGGGUUGCAAGUGGGGGCCUACGAGAACUAAUACCAUGUAUUGCAAGGACUUCGGUUGCAGUUGGUGUUGAUGGUAUUUUCAUGGAGGUACAUGAUGACCCAGUGAAUUCACCUUGCGACGGCCCAACUCAAUGGCCAUUGCGUAAUUUGGAGGAGCUAUUAGAAGAACUGAUCGAGAUUGCUCAUGUCACCAAGGGAAAGAAGCCGUUCAAGAUCGAUCUAACUCCAUUCCAUGAAUGAUCUGGUGGAUAGCAAAAGGCACUUGUCCCCAUCUAUUUGUUUCGACAGUGUUUCCCUAUGAGGAUGAACCGUUCUUUGUAUGCCAUUACUGCUGCUAUCUGUAUUGGCUUUCCUGUAUUAUUUUUUUUAAUUUUCAAGCAUAAACAUAGCAGCCGUAGAAAUUUGUUUCACAACUGAACCACUGUACCCAGCGACUCAUUUCGAAAGAAGUUACAGAGUAACUGUUAUGGUUUGUGCCAUUUGUCCUUUGAA